ACCUCCCACACAUUCUCCAAUAUGCCACCGCGGAUACCCAACGCUCCCUCCUCUCUCCUCCUCCAGAGCAGCGCCUGCAGCGGUAGCAGCAGCAGGUGUACAGCUUCCAGGUUGCCGACAUGGGCCUCCUCGUGCUCAUCUAGCUCCCCUCAGUCCUCCCAACCAACAACACAUCAGCAGCAAUGCUCGUCGUUCUCCACGACCGCGCCGGCGCACCUCCAGUCCGUCCGUCGCCAGAAGAUGUUCUCUUGGUUGGAUAAGAAGGGAAGCGCAUACAAGGAGCACACCAGGCAGGGACCAAACCUCCUUGGUGGCCAAGGCAAAGACGGUCUUGCCGUGCCCUUUCCGAACAACCCUUACUUCAAGAGUCAGCCCGUCCUUUCCGAGGGCUCACGCGAGAUCAUCUACCAGGAUGUCAUGGAGAAAGGUCUGCCUAUCAAGGCCGUGUCGGCCAAGUACAACGUCGACGUGCGGCGGGUUGCGGCCGUGAUCAGGUUGAAGGAGAUCGAGAAGCGCUGGAUCAAGGAGUAUAAGCCCCUGGCCCGUCCGUAUGCCCGCGCCGUGAUGAAGAUGCUACCCCAAACCGUCCUCGGCGGCCCGGACCAGAAGCCCCAUGAGUCUAUCAACGACGUGCAUGUGCACAGCUACACCACUCAGCAGCUGUUCGUGCCCGUUUCGGAAUCGCGCGAGUUCACGCGCGAGGACGCCGCCAAGGCGUUUGGUGACCACAUCCUGCCCGUGGACAAGAAGCUGCGCGUUCCCGAGCUCAUCGAGUUCCAGAAGGACUUGCUGAAGGAGGUGCCCCUGCAAGAGGCGAACCGCAAGUUCCUCAACGCGACGGCGGCGAGCGAGGCCAAGAUCGCCGAGCGCGAAGCUAAGCGUCGCCAGGCGAUUGAGGAUGCAAUCACGCGUGUCAAGACGGAUAGGUUCGAGUUCCGCUUCCAGGAGUUCAACGCAGAGAAUGUGGGCCACGACGGCAGGGACCGUAACGCUGUUGGUUGGAGGUACGGUGUUCCCUUCCCCGACCGUAAGCGGUCCCAAAUCAAGAUCCCUACCAAGGUGGAGUAAGAUCUCUUGGGUUUUUGUGGAUGUUGGCUCGAGUUGUGGGACGAAUGAGUGAUGGUGAUGAGGGGUUUUCCGUUGCCCGUUCAUUCACAACAGGCCCUUUGAUGGCUCAACAUUGGAACUCCUCACCGAGUAUGGUUUGAUGUGUGUUGAAACGGGCGGGGUUGGUACGCGGACGUUGAGAAACCGAAUGAAAUGAUGGGAAGUCGAUGAGGGUUGAUCGACAUGCACGCACACAAAGACAGAGAGACAUUUUGAGGUGGAGAAACACAGCGUCCACUGGUCGUCAUGUCUGUGCUAUGUUUCGUUCCCAUGUAAACUUAUUGCUGUCACAAGGCCACCGACGUCUUUAGCAGUGUGGACCUAUUUAUUGUAUCAUUAUACCAAGCCAGCCAGUUGCUUUAUGCUUUAUGAUUUUUCUCUUUCCUUCCAAAUUAAUUAGUCAUGUGGGAAACG